AUGAAUCCGCCACAGCCGUCGACGUAUCAGCAGCAGCAUCUGUUUACACCACAGCCAUCACCGUUGAUGGUGAACACAGUAUCGCUUGAUGGAUCCGGCACUAUAAACCCGGCGACGCUGAAUCCUGCAGUCUUGUCGAACACCAGUCCGCGUGGGAUCAAGCGGAGUAGAUCUCCGGAUUCAUACAAAGAUCCUUCUUUGAGUGAGACUGCAGGACGAGAUGGCAGCGAAAUUCAGAAGCGGAAACGCGGCCGUCCGCCAAAGGCAAAAGGAACCAACUCUGCCCAAACAUCUCCCCAGCAGGUCUUGAGUACCCCCCUACAGCCUCAGGCCCCUCCCCUGACCAUCCCUCCGACAGUUCCACAGCAGCAGCAAGUAGCUGUACCACAACCUCAGACCCCGGCUCAGGUGCCAGCUGUCGUUCCAGCAACACCAACUCCGGUUGCUCCCACGGCAAAACCGACACCUGCAAAGCCCGUCAUCAAGGCUUUGCCUACCGUCCGUGAUCAUACCACUGACCAGUUAACAAAAGAGGGCGAUGAAUACAUUCCUCGCGAAACUGACGAUGAUGGCGAGAAGAAGGUCAUGCCCACCGGGCAUCUCAAGAAUGGUCGAGAAUACAAAUGCCGGACAUUCCUGGUACCAGGACGCGGUGAGAAACUCUUCAUGCUUGCAACCGAGUGUGCUAGAGUAUUAGGUUAUCGUGAUUCAUAUCUGUUGUUCAACAAGAACCGUUCACUCUAUAAAAUUAUUGCUACGCAAAGUGAGAAGGACGAUUUGAUCCAGAAAGAGUUGCUACCUUACUCUUAUCGCUCCAGACAGAUUGCAAUUGUAACUGCUAAGAGCAUGUUCCGGCAAUUUGGAAGCAGGGUUAUUGUGAACGGUCGCAGGGUCAGAGAUGACUACUGGGAAAGUAAGGCCCGGAAGCAAGGAUUUACUGAAGAGGAUCCCGCUGGUGAGAAACGACCUGGUGCUGCAAAGCAGAGAGCACAGCAGGCCAGUGAAGCUGCGGCUGCUGCUGCCCAACACCCCGAACCACUCUACACCAACGACCCAGUUACCAUCGACACACAACCACAACCUCAAAUGGUUCAGCCUGGGUUGGGAGGUCCUGCCCCAAUCAGUCUCGCCCCUCUGCCAAUGAUUCACCUCACUCCAGACGACAGUCGUAUCAAGGACGCGUUUCCGAACGUCCCCAGGCCUCGACAGGAGAUCACCGGUCCUCCAUACGUCGACAGGACUUCAUCGACCCCUCAUUCGCAGUUGCUUGAACAGGGCCACCAGGCUGCCACUUGGAAUAGAGAUUUUGGAGCCCAGCGCGUCAUGAGAGCGCAGAUGUACAAUGAGAGCUACUGGAAGUCCAAGUCCCCUCCACCGAUGCCAACUCAGGGUCAAGGACAGGCCAGACAGGGCACCCAGCAGCAAAUUCCAACUCCUCCUACGUCUCUUCAUGGCCAACAUGCCCCUAUGCCAGCUCAUCCUCAGAUGACGCAGGCCCCAAUGAUGAGCCCACAACAAAUAUCGACCUUACACCACCAGCAAACUCAAGGCCACCAACUUCCUGUCGCCCAAACCCCUGUCAGAAUGCAGAGUAUCAAGGCCGAUCAACUUCACCAAACUCCCACCGCCUACAUGCAUCAGCAAGGAAUCUGGCAACCGCAAACCCACCAUACCCAAGCCCAUAUGUCCCCUCCUCCAACUGGGCAUGCUCAACCCCAUCAUACUCAGCCCCAUAUUACCCAAAUUCCCCAAGGAUAUCAGAUGCACCCACAAGCUCAACAACAGCACUACCAGCCAGCCGCUAUGUAUGGGCAGCAUUUCAUGCAACCUCAGCAGCAGCAACCGCAACAAUGGAAAUCACAAAUGCAACAACCACAUCCAACUCAGUGGAGUUAUCCAGGAAACACUUAG